AUGGCCCGGGAAAUGCGGGUCUGCAGCUUCAGGAAAGAGCUAGGAGGGGCGAGCUACAGGGCGGGGUACCCCUCUUUCGCACCUGCCUCCCCCCCAGCUCAGCUUCGUCACACCUCACCUCACCAGCAGACGGCAAGAGCAACAGGCCACAAGGGCGGGUGUCUCCUGCUCUCUUGA